AUGAAGAAUCAUACAAAUCAAAUAAAGUUUAUCCUUCUGGGACUGACAGAAAAUUCUCAAUUACAGAUUGUAAUUUUUUUAUUUCUACUUUUAAAUUACAUAUUGAGUAUGAUAGGAAACUUGACCAUUAUCUCCCUUACUUUGUUGGAUUCCCGUCUCAAGACCCCAAUGUAUUUCUUUCUUCGUAAUUUCUCUUUUGUGGAAAUUUGUUUCACUAGUGCCUGCAUACCCAAAUUUCUAGUCACAAUUAUCACUGGGGACAAACAUAUUUCCUAUAAUGACUGUGUAUCUCAGUUAUUCUUUUAUAUAUUCUUGGGGGUCGCAGAAUUUUUCCUUCUGGCAGCUAUGUCCUAUGACCGUUAUGUCGCCAUAUGCAAACCUUUGCAUUACACAUCUAUCAUGAGCAACAAAGUCUGUAAUAAACUUGUAAUCAGUGCUUGGGUAAGUGGAUUUCUGAUUAUUUUUCCACCACUGAUUUUGGGUCUUGACCUAGAUUUCUGUUCUUCAAAUAUCAUUGACCACUUUAUUUGUGAUAUUUCUCCUCUUCUGCAACUUUCUUGCACAGACACACGCAUUCUAGAAAUGAUUGCUUUUGUCUUUGCUGUGAUUACCCUCAUUGUCUCUUUAUUUGUAGUCAUUCUUUCUUACUCUUACAUCAUCAAGACAAUUUUAAAUUUUCCUUCAGCUCAGCAAAAGAAAAAAGCCUUUUCUACUUGCUCUUCUCAUAUGAUUGUUGUGUCUAUCACAUAUGGCAGUUGUAUAUUUAUGUACAUAAAACCAUCAGCAAGUGAAAGAGUUACUAUAAACAAAGCAGUAGCUAUACUAAAUACUUCAGUUGCCCCUUUGUUGAACCCAUUUAUUUACACUCUCAGGAACAAGCAAGUUAAAGAAGCCUUCAGAACGCUAUUUGCAAAGCUAUUGUCUUCUUCAGACAAGUAA